AAUUAUUGUUAUUAUUAUUAUUAUUAAAAUAAUCAUCCUGCCUCAGAAGAAAGGAAGGUUUUUGGCAACUCUGGUUAAAAAAAAAAAAAAAGAAAGACAACUUUUCAUCAAUGGCCUCUUUUGGAUAUUUCCUGUUUCUUUGUGGGUUGAGUCAGGCUCUGUCAAGUUACCCAAUCUGGUGGUCCUUGGCAAUUGGUCACCAGUAUUCCUCCCUAGGGACUCAGCCCAUUCUCUGCGGGAGCAUCCCAGGACUCGUACCCAAGCAGCUGCGCUUCUGUCGGAACUAUGUGGAGAUCAUGCCCAGUGUAGCAGAAGGGGUAAAGAUUGGAAUCCAGGAAUGCCAACAUCAAUUUCGAGGGAGGAGGUGGAACUGCACAACUGUCAAUGACAGCUUAGCCAUCUUUGGUCCUGUGCUAGAUAAAGCUACCAGGGAAUCAGCCUUUGUCCAUGCCAUCGCCUCUGCUGGAGUGGCUUUUGCAGUGACCAGAUCUUGCGCCGAGGGCUCGGCCACCAUCUGCGGCUGUGACACCCGCCACAAGGGCUCUCCAGGGGAAGGCUGGAAAUGGGGGGGCUGCAGCGAGGACGUGGAGUUUGGGAGCAUGGUGUCUCGGGAGUUUGCGGAUGCCCGAGAGAACAGACCAGAUGCUCGGUCAGCCAUGAACAGGCACAACAAUGAAGCUGGAAGGACCUCUAUUAUUGAACUUAUGCAUCUUAAGUGCAAAUGUCAUGGCCUCUCAGGCAGCUGUGAAGUGAAGACCUGCUGGUGGUCUCAGCCAGACUUCAGGGUCAUUGGUGACUACCUCAAGGACAAGUAUGACAGCGCUUCUGAAAUGGUGGUGGAAAAACAUCGAGAAUCCCGUGGCUGGGUCGAGACCCUCAGACCUAAAUACAACUUCUUCAAGGCUCCAACUGAGAAGGACCUGGUUUACUACGAGAACUCACCAAACUUUUGUGAGCCCAACCCUGAGACAGGUUCCUUUGGGACCCGUGACAGGAUCUGUAAUGUCACUUCCCAUGGGAUUGAUGGUUGUGACCUUUUGUGCUGCGGCCGUGGGCAUAAUACAAGGACUGAGAAACGGAAAGAGAAGUGCCACUGUAUCUUCCACUGGUGCUGCUACGUCCGCUGCCAGGAGUGCAUACGGGUCUAUGAUGUCCACACGUGCAAAUAAAGCAUGCAAAACACUUUGCUGGGCUCCAAGUGGAGAAACGGAUUUGAGCCUACUUCCUCUGACAUUGCAGACAUGAGAGAAGGCUACUUUUUUGAUAUUAAAAGAAUAAAAACUUUAAAAAAGGCUAAAACUGG